UCUCCUCUCCUCUCUCUCAGUCAAGCCUGCUCUGGGAGCUCCUGGAUGGAAUAGCAGCAUUUUUCUUCUGUGCUGUAACUGAGACAAACUGGAAACAAGGAGUCAUUAAGGGAGAUAAAUCACACCAAGAUACCUGGCUUUGUUCAAGUGGCAGCAGCACUGGAGGAAGCCUCCUGAAAGGCAGCAGUGACUGGUCGACCUACCUGAGCGGUGCAGUCAUGGGCAGGCCGGAGGGGCUAGCCAGGCCACCUCUGGUGUCAGCUAUGGCGCUCUCCCUCCUGGCUCUCUCUCUCCUCUCCUGCAGGGUCUCCUGCCUCCCCCAGCCCCAGCCAAGAGUCUUCCUUUCCUUUGAGGACCUGCAGGCCUCCCUGUCCUUUGAACACUACAGCAUUUCAGACAAGCCUAUGGACUACAGGAUCCUGCAGAUGGACGAGGACCAGGACAGGAUGUACGUGGGCUGCAAAGACCACGUCCUCUCCAUGGACAUCAACAACAUCACUCAUGGCACCCUAAAGGUGUUCUGGCCGGCGUCUACAAGCAAGAUAGAGGAAUGCCAAAUGGCAGGAAAGGACCCAACACACGGCUGUGGGAACUUCAUCCGUGUGGUGCAGCCUUACAACAGAACUCAUCUGUUCAUGUGCGGCAGCGGAGCGUACAGUCCCGUCUGUGUGUACAUCAACCGGGGCCGCAGACCAGAGGAACAAGUAUUUCACAUCGACUCCAAGACAGAGUCGGGGAAAGGGAGGUGCUCCUUCAACCCUCAAGUGAACACGGUCUCCAUCAUGCUCAACCAGGAGCUGUUUUCAGGCAUGUACAUUGACUUCAUGGGGACAGAUGCUGCAAUCUUCAGGAGUCUGACGAAGAGGAAUGCAGUGCGGACCGACCAGCACAACUCCAAGUGGCUCAGUGAGCCGAUCUUCAUCGAUGCCCACUUGAUACCAGACGGCACAGACCCCAAUGACGCCAAACUGUACUUCUUCUUCCGUGAAAGGCUGACAGAUAACAGCGGAAACACUAAAAAUAUCCACACCAUGGUAGCCAGAGUGUGUCCGAAUGACAUUGGAGGGCAGCGCAGCCUCGUGAACAAGUGGACCACCUUCCUAAAAGCGCGGAUGGUGUGUUCAGUCCUGGAGGAGGACGGCACUGAAACCCACUUUGACGAACUGGAAAGUAUGUUUUUGCUGGAAAUGGAUCAGCCCAAGGGCCUGUUGGUGUUCGGAGUCUUCACGUCCACAAGCUCCGUGUUUAAAGGCUCGGCGGUGUGCGUGUACAACAUGGCUGACAUCCUCACCGUCUUCAAUGGGCCCUUCGCUCACAGAGAGGGACCCAACUUUCAGUGGGUGGCUUUCCAGGGACGCAUCCCGUAUCCAAGGCCUGGAACUUGUCCUGGUGGAGCCUUCACACCCGAUAUCCAGACAACAAAGGAGUUCCCAGACGACGUGGUGACCUUUGUACGGAACCAUCCUGUCAUGUUCAACCCCAUCUACCCAGUGGGGAGGAGGCCCCUGGUGGUUCGGACCAAUGCUGACUACAAAUACACAUCAGUGGCGGUGGACCAGGUCAUGGCUGCUGAUGGAAACUACCAAGUGCUCUUCCUCGGAACAGACAAAGGUACGGUACAGAAGGUGAUCGUGCUGCCCAGCAAUCAAUCCCUGCAUGAAGAUCUGAUCCUGGAGGAGCUGGAAGUGUUUAAGAACCAAGCUCCUGUUACAAACCUGAGAAUUUCCUCAAAAAAGCAACAGCUGUACGUCAGCUCCGAGUUCGGGGUCUCUCAGGUCUCCCUGCACCGGUGUCACGCUUACGGAUCGGCUUGCGCUGACUGCUGCCUCGCCCGAGACCCCUACUGUGCCUGGGAUGGGCUCAGCUGCUCUCGCUUCUAUCCCACCGGCAAAAGGAGAAGCAGGCGGCAGGACAUUAUGCAUGGAAAUCCACUCACUCAAUGCAGAGGAUUCAAUCUUAAAGCCUACAGAAACGCUGUGGAAAUGACACAGUACGGAGUGAAAAACAACACCACUUUCCUGGAGUGUAUUCCCAAGUCACCUCAGGCCUCCAUUCGCUGGCUGAUUCAGCGGGACAACGACAGGAGGAAGGAGGUGAAGCUGGGUGACCGCGUCCUCUCCACUGAGCACGGCCUCCUCAUCCGCUCCGUCCAGCUGUCCGACCAGGGCCUCUACUACUGCCUGACCACGGAGAACAGCUUCAAACGCACCGUCGCCAAAAUCCGCCUGCGAGUGCUGAGCGAGGCCAUGGUGAGCGUGCUGACGGACAAACAGCAGUCGCCGUGGGCCUGGGCCAGCUCGCUGCACCCGAAAGCCCUUUUGGCAGCCUUCAGUCCGGCCGAGAGCAUGGCUGUGCAACAGUACUGCAAAGAGAGGAAGGAGCUCCAGAAGCUGCAGCAGAGGCAGCUGCAGCAGCCGCCUCCGCCGCCUGGACCUCUCAGGGGAGACCUGGCCAAACUGAAGCCGCUGCUGGACCGGAGGAAGAGCCGAAACCGUCGUAAUCACCUCCCAGAGGUGUGACACACAAACUGAGGCGCUGUUUCCUAACCUCAUUCUCCAACUCUCAUCUCAAACUGCAGAACUUCACUGUGGAUGUACAGUUAAAUGAGGAGGUGGGGGAAUUAUUUAGGGUAUUUUUUUCUUGCAUGAGGUACUGUGACCAGAUGGCUGUGACGUACAAUAAUACACAUGCGCAGGCAAGCUUAAGCCGUAGCAGCCACAAAACAAAGCUCCUAUUAUAAGUCCAGAUAAUUAGCUGUGGUCUCUGAUACACCUUGAGAUGCUGCUAUGGUCAAUGAUUUUUUCAGAACCAGAAAUUUGACCUGCAAGAUGUCAUUGCACGAUGGAUUUGUUCUUUGCAAAAAGAGGAUGUAAUUUGAAGUCAUUCUUGAGGAGAUAAAAAGGAACAAAAGGGAGAAAGAAGCAUGUUUCACUGUGAGUGCCCUCUCAAAGUAUUAAACCUUAUUAGAUUCUGCUCACAUAUCUGUAUUAACUUAAACUAACAUUGUCUCAGCUCAGUGAAAUGGAAUAAAAAAGGUCAUAAGAAGUCCAUUUGUGAGGGAAAGAAAAGUUUUUCUUUCUCGGGUUGACAGCUGCGCCGACUGCCUACAAUACCACUGUUCAUUGAGAGCACAGAUGGCAAGCAGUCCACAAAAACGUGUGAUAUUACAAGUUAAAAUGUCCAAGUGCAAAGGCCAAACUUAACAUUAGGCGCUGAUGUUAAACAAACAGGAAUAGUAAUAACAUUUUAGAAGAAUAUGAAAGUCCAUGCAAGCUGUUCAGACAUUUUAAAUGAGCUCUCCUAUAUUUAUUCCCACUCCUGAGACGGACAAUGCCUAGAAGAAGUUUUCACCCCCUUGGAUUUUCUACCCUUUCAUUGAUUUUAUAAAUCAGGCAUGGUCAAUAUAAUUUGGCUUUUUUUUUUUUUUAAUUACAAAAAAAUAUUUUAAAAAAUCCUUUUAA